GAAACGUUUAAUGACAAGUUUGACCAAAAAUGCCAAAUCUGACCAAUGCUACAGUAAAUUUAACGAGAUUCUUCCUCCAUCCUCCACUGAAUUUGGUGACGUGCGCUGAGGAAACGUGCAUGAUAAAGUAUAGGGGCCACCUCCAGUUCAGAAUAAGGAAGUGUUUAAAAAAAAUACUUCCUCAGAAGUGAUUGUGAAACAAACAUCAGCCGUCAUUGUGGGUUUCCUCCAGCACGAUUUCACAUUCAGCUUCUCAAAGAGCAACAUCUCUGACAGCAGAGGAUGAACAAAGCUUUGUGGUGAUUUUCUUGUGAUUUAUUUGUAAAGAAGACGGCAGCGAUGACGGCGGUCAGCAGAUACAGGUUUCUUUACGACAGACUGAACGGAGAGUUGAAGCAGAGACGAUCUGUUUGCCCCCACAGUCGCCUCAUUUCACCAAACUUCUUCAGGGAUGCUGACCCGGUGGUUUCUGCCGUGAGGCGCGGAGAUGUGGAAACCCUGAAGGAUCUGGCAGCAUCUUCCUCCCACUGCCUGCUGAAGGAAAACAAAGACGGCUGGCUGCCUCUGCAUGAUGCUGCCUAUUCUGGCCAGACUGCGUGCCUGAAGACUCUGCUGAAAGCCCAUCCGGGCUCAGUGGACAAGCGGACGCUGCAGGAACAGACUGCGUUGCUGCUGGCCGUGUCCUGUGAACAGCUGCCCUGCGUCCUGUCGCUUCUGGAGUCAGGCGCCGACCCCGACAUCUGCAACAGCAACAAAGAAACUCCUUUAUACAAAGCGUGUGAACUGGAAAACGUGAACAUGGUGAACGUUCUUCUGUCGCACGGUGCCUCUGUGAACCAGCGGUGCGGUCAGGCCUGGACGGCCCUCCAUGAGGCCGUUUCCAGAGAAAACACGGAGAUCUGUGAGGUUCUGAUCCGAGCCGGAGCCACAAUCAAUCCAGCAAACACCUACAGCAUCACACCGCUCACUGUAGCAGCUCAGCGAGGCCUGAAGAGGGCGCUGUGCUACCUCACUGAGAGAGGUGCAGAUGUGAACAUGCAGACAUGCGAUGGUGCCACAGCGCUGCAUGAAGCCAGUAGGAACGGACACCAGGACGCCGUGGCUUUACUUCUCUCUAAAAACGCAGAUGCCAACAUUUCCGAUAACUCUGGGCUGCUGCCUCUGCAUGUUGCUGCCCAGUCUGGACACCAUGAGAUUGUUUCCCUGCUGGUCUCCGCUACAAGCCGCGCCAAGCUGCGCCACAGCUGGAUCAGCCCGCUGCACCUGGCAGCGCAGCAUGACCGCCACGCAGCGGCCGCCGCGCUGCUGAAAACAGGCGCAGACGUGAACGCCACUCUGGCGCACAGCCGCUCCGUCCAGUAUGCGGACCGGCGCGCCACCGCUCUCUACUUCGCCGUCGCCCACGGCAGCAGGAGGACAGCGGAAGUGCUGGUGAACGCCGGUGCGAGCCUGAGCCUGGAUCCGGUCAGCCCUCUGCUGAUGGCGGCGCGUCAGGGCUGCGUCAGCACCGUGACGCUGCUACUGGAGCGAGGGGCGGACCUGGACGCCACGAUCCCGUCUUUGACGACCACAUUCCCAGCUCUGGUUGCGCUCUGCAGGAAUAAUCUAGCUGUGCUGAAGUGCCUUUUGGACCACGGCUGUGACGCACAGGCCUGUUUCACCUGUACGCACGGUGCUGCGCCCCACCCUCCUUCCGGGGGAUCCGACAUAAGAGCUGCUGGCGGCCAUGACAGUCUACCUCCUUUAAGCUGUGAUGAAAGGCCGGAGAGGGCGACACAGUUCUGCGAGUGGAUCUCAACCCCAGCUAUGUGUAAAUGGGCCGGCCCGGUCAUAGACCUGCUGCUGGAUUACGUCGGCCAUGUUCAGCUGUGCAGCAAACUCUCUGAGCUCCUGGACAGCAGAGACGAAUGGCACACCAUCAAAAGGAAGUCAUUGUCACCACGUCCACUUCAGCACCUCUGCAGAUUAAGGAUUUGGACUCAUAUGGGGAGAAACAGGAAAUCUGUUGGAAGUUUGCAUCUGCCAAAGAGACUAAAAACAUAUCUGAGUCCUGACAGCUGACUUCAAACAGAUAAACCUCAGAUUUUGGUCUUUUUAUGCACCACUAUAUUUAUCUUCCUCUUUCUUUUUUUAGUCGUAUCUUCAAUCUGUUCUGUUUAAAUAUCUAUUUUUACUUGAAGCGAUGUCACAAACAAGGCCUGUCAUUUAAGUUGUGCUUUUAAGAAACGUUCAGAGACAGCUGCCAAAAGGAUUUCUUGAGGGAAUUUGAGUCUUUUAUUUAAAAAUAAAUCAUUUUGGCAAACAUUA